AUGGACAAGCAACGCCUGAGCCAUGACACGAUAUUGACCGACGAUGCUGUCGCAGAACUCCUAGCGAAAGAGGCGAGUGAGGCCUCGAUCAGAUAUUCUUCGAUGGGCCUUGAGGCAUUCAAAUCCACAAAACCGUUGAACAAGGCCAAGCCGAACACACGCUUUCUGGGGCGCAUCAUCAAAGAAACGACGAGCCACAAUGCCGCCCUUUUAGCGAAAGAAGCAGCGGAAGCCCAGGCGCGCCUCGACAAUCUGACCGAGGUAGAGGAGAAGAAACGGCGCAAGCUCAACCCGAGUGCUUCAGAUAUACGACGCCGGCAGCUGGGUGCGAUAUCAUCUAUUCUCAAAGGCCGGGAGCGGACCAACAAGACAGAGCCGACGGACACACCAAGGCGGGACACCAGACGACGCAGCAGGGAUCGUUCUCGAGAUCGCUCCCGCGAACGAAGUAGCCGGCGAAUCAGGCGCGACGGAGAUCGUCAAGACAAAGAGGGACGUCGGUCCCACCGAGAACGUCAUGGCGUGACAGCAGAAGAGCUUCGGGAUCGCCGCAGCAGGUCACGCUCGCCGCGAUACAAGGAGCGCAAGCAGCGCGAUCGGUCACCGCUGGACAGCAGCGAGGAGGAUAAUAGAUUGCGUCAUUCCAGGCCCCGUCGAAUAGCUUCGAAAAAGAACCAGGACCUGAUGGAAAGCCAGUCCUCCAGGCACAGAGACUAUGGACGGCUUCGCGAGGACGACGAGACAUUUUCCAGUCGUUCAAAACGUGCCAUACCUCUCGAUGAAAAUGACUCCGACCCGCUAGAAGAGUUCAUCGGUCCUGCACCGCCAUCGAGGUCUCCUGUGCACACACGCGGAAGAGGCGCGAUCCGGGGCUCGGCCACGAUGGACAAUCGCUUUGCUGAGGACUAUGACCCCGCUUUGGACGUGCAACUAGAGCCUGCCGAAAACGGUGACUGGGACGAAGCGCUCGAGGCGUUUCGUGACCGCCAGAAAUGGAAAAUCCAAGGAGCAGAACGGCUACGGGCAGCCGGCUUCACAGACGAGCAAAUCAAGAAGUGGGAGAAGGGAGGGGAGAAGGAUAUUGAUGACGUGCGGUGGAGCAAAGUCGGUGAGAAGCGUGAAUGGUACGGCUUUCCCAUCUAUGUUAUCCCCAUUCCUGAACCCUGA